GUUGUUUUCCUGAUCCUGGAUGUGUGUUGUGGUACUGAUUGGCGCUGAGGACUCGCCUCGUUCGAUUUGCGUGUUAUGGUGGUGGAUUGGGUCGGAUCUCCGAAUGUUUAAUCGUUGUGAUUGCGUCUCUAUUUCUUUCCGAUGUGGAGGGUGAUUGAUUCAGUCUCGGACGAAUUGAUUUGUCUGUUUGUAGUUUCGUUUUCGUAAUCCAUCGCGUAGUUUGCCAUCUGAGUCUUAUUACGUUGGUAUCGGUACAUUUGAGUAAAGCUUGGGCUGUCUACAUAGUUUGUUAUCUGCAUUCCCUGCUUACUUGUUUUGGCACUUGGACGCGUAGUUGGGAUUCUUUUGUGGUGGCUGACCAAUGGCCAUGUCAGUAUAUAGGUGACCAGAAACCACUUUGGCAAAGAGAGUGUCUUCAUGCUAGAAUGUUUUGUUAUUCUGAUGGUUGCAUCGUGCUCCUAUGGAUAGCAGAAAAAUAACUUUAAACUCAUACGGAUUCUGAGCAUUGUAUGUUUCGGCAGAUCAACCAGUAAAAACAGACACCAUUUACCUAGCUUUAAUUUAUAACUGUGGAAGAAUGUUUUUUUAAUGCAUUUGGAUUGCUAAACAUUGUGUCAUUUAACGGGUCAAAUUGUAAAAAAAUGUAGACACUGCUUUACCUAGUUUUAAUUUCCAACUGUCUCUUUUUUGCAUGAGAGACUGCUUUGAUGAGUUAUAUAUACUGAGCACGAGCAUUCGAGCAGAUGAUAAAAAAUUGCAUAGUUUAAGCUGAUUUACUCCAAGAACGUUCAGAAGUAAUUUUUUUAAUUUCCACAUUGAUAUUUGUAUUUUAAGAGUUUAAUAUUAUCAUUUCUUGAAUUUUGUUACUUUCUGAAUUGAUCUUUAGCGAUCUGUCUGUCACAUACCUCAGCAAUUGAAACUAGAGAUUUAUAUUCCGAGAAGAUUCUUUUCUUUAUUGAUCUAGAAGUAUAGUAUUCAUUUUAAUGGGAUUCCGGACCGAGAGAAGGUAAGCUUCUGAAAAAGUUUCCUGAAUCCAUAUGGUGAUCAAGCAUAUGAUGGUGGCUUGUCGCCUUGAUAUUGGUCACAGUAAGAAGUUUGUGAGGGUAGACAAAUCCUGUAGAUUGUUACAGGGGGGAAAACAAGAGAUUAUCUUUUCUAUAAUCUAUAGAGCCUCUCAUUAAUACAGUCUAGCUUAUAAAUUUGUCUUACGUAUUUGUCUAUCGUAAAAUUUAUUCUUAAGACUAUCAAUUGAUCAUUCUUAUGUAUUAAUCCUUCAUAAGAUUUAUUCUUAGACUAUCAAUUGAUUACCAUAUGAUGCUUCUUCUCACUGGAUACAGCAAUGACUUUAGUACUUAAACAGAUGAAUUCAUAAAGGUUUUUGUUCAUUCUACAUUCUACAUAGUGAACAUGCAAUGGUGAUUUUGUGCUAGUCUAUAUCAUGUAGAAAGAAUAAAAAGUUUGGGUCAUGCACUGUUCUGGUAAGUAAAGUAGUAAAAAUCAUUAUAAAGUUCGAUAUUUUUAAUCUGGGAUAUAUUUUGAUGUAAUCAGACAGCUUAUGCUCCUAUGCUUAUAGGAUCCAUCAUGAUUUCUUACAACUUGAAAAUAAAAAAAAAAUGGUAUGCUGGUUAUUCUUCUCUUUCAAUUGUACAAAGUUUUUGUAAAUUACAAAUCCUGCGAGAACAUCGCCAGUUCUAAGUUUCUUCCAGAAAUUCGGGUGAUAGAUAUGCAAGGUUUUGGGCACUAUCCAGAAUGCAAAUUGGGUUGCUUCAAUCUCUAGUCAGCAACUAAUUGCACUUUGGGAAAGUACAUGCUAGCUUCAUUUCUGCAUCUGCAGUUAUUUUCACCCUCUUUUUUCCAUGUUUUACACAUUCAUUCUCUGUUGAUGGCAUGUAAUUAAAACCUAAAAAUACAUAGACCCUUUGUUCGGGUAAAACAAAAUGCUAGGUUGUAAGACAAAAGACUUGUUGAUAUUCUUGUUAUUGGAAUCAGGGACCAGGCAUAGCGUUGUUACAGGUAAAACAUUUGGUAUUGACAAUAAUGUGUAAUUUAUUUGAUCUGCUGUUGAACUUGUUUUAAGGAAACAUAAAAUAUUGAUCUGCACAUAACAGAAGCAGUUUCGAUUGGAUAUGGUAGACCAGGCCAACAAAAUGCUAAUCAGGUUUUUGCCAUCUUCUGCAAUGGUGCACCAAAUUAACCUAUUUGUUGAUGUAUGGUUAUGAUUGGAUCUUCACAAUGCAGUUGGUAUCUAAUGAUUGUCAAGAAAUAUCAGAUACUGAGCCCAUUCUUCCAAAGCUGACUGCUGCAGGCAGUUCCCAGGAGUUGACAUCUUCAAGUGAAAUUAGACCUGUGCUCAGCGAUUGUGAUCAAAAUGUUGAUGAUGAUAUUGACGAUGAGCGUCGCAAUCUGGUCAAUCAAGAUCCUCCACAAUGCCGAAUUUGCCUUGAUAUCGGAGGUGACGACUUGAUUGCACCUUGCUAUUGCAGGGGUACACAGAAGUAUGUGCAUCGGUCCUGUCUUGAUAACUGGAGAUCAACUAAGGAGGGCUUUGCGUUUGCACACUGUACAGAGUGCAGGGCAGUUUUCUUAUUGCGAGCAAAUGUGCCUCCGGAUCGCUGGUGGCUAAGAUUGAAGUUUCAGCUCCUUGUAGCUAGGGACCAUGUCCUUAUAUUUGUUAUUGUGCAAUUGGUUGUGGCUUUCUUGGGUAUGCUGGUCUACAGAUUCUACGGUGAAGAACUGAGAGAAAUGUUUGGUUAUGAAGAACAUCCUUAUGGAUUCUAUACAAUGGCCAUAUUGGCUGUUAUUCUGGUGGGCUUGCUAUAUGGUUUCUUCAUUGCUAUAAUCUGUGGACAGAGAAUUAAUGAGCGGCAUUAUCAUGUUCUUGCAAAGCAGGAGCUGACAAAGGAGUACGUGGUUGAAAAUCGAGAUGAAAAUAAAAACUUGCCAGAGCUUGAUCCUAGUCAUGUUACAGAGUUGAGAAUGCUGGGUCUUUAUUGAGCUGAUGUAGAUUUGCAAUGAUCUGGUUAUCUGGUUAUGGAAUGAUGCUUCCUUGUUUAGUUGACCAUGUGAUACCAGAAGAAACAAGCAUGGAUUAUACCUGAACUAGAGCUGGAGAUUUUUGCUUCAUUGUACCAUCUUCAGUGGGCAUCUGGAGUUCGCUUUACACCUCCCUGAAAUUGAAGGCAAAUUUAAGAAUUCUUUUGCUUUAUCUUCGUGCAAAUGUUUAGAGAUGUGUCGUAUACUAUUCUUUAUGUACACUAGUUAAACUUCUGCACGCCACUGCUUGUUCCAUCCAUCAUGUAACCCAGAACACUUCUAUUCUAUGAUUUCUUCUAUUUGGUUAUGUACCUGAAUAUACCUUCAAGGGUACAAUUGUAAUCCCUGACAUGGUCAAUUUUACCGAUGGAAGAAUAGGCUUGUUCAACAUAAA